UGAGGCUGGGGGAUGUGUGUGCAUCUCUUUUGGGCCUGACGGCCCCCAGCUUUGGCAUGAGACAGCCCUGAUUUGAACUGUGGUUCUGCCGUUCCUCGGCUGUGCCUAGCUGAGCACUGUCACCUCCUGGCCUCCAUCUCUUUGUCUGUAAAUCGGGGUCAAUAUUAGUCCCCAUCUCGAAUGCUCAAUGAAUGGUGGCUAUGACUAUCAUAAAUAAACACUUAAAUGAGAAGAUGACACUCUUCACUUUGAUUCUGGUUUCAGAAUCGAGAUGAACAUCGAGGUUGGGAACGUUUCUUAUACGGGAGCCAUCAUUUCCUGGUCGUCCUCGGAGCCCUGCCUGGAGGACUAUUACCAUAUUAUGUAUAGGCCCAAUUGGAACAGCAUCUUCUCUGGCUAUCUUCGCUACAGCUUCCACCACGAGGAGAAGGUGCCUCGAACAAUCAGCUCCGUGGUGCUGGAACACCUCACCCCUUCCACUCUCUACUUCCUGUGCAUCAGCUGCAAGAAGAUCCUCUUCCCCUACAGGCACUACUGCACCAUGUUCCACACCCUGGAUAAGAGUCCACUGGCUGCGGGAAGUUCCCUGGUGGACCCCCAGAUCUCCCUUUGGGUGCUGAUGGCCAUUCUGCUGGCCUGCUUCACAGCAGUCUUAGCCUUCAUCUGCCUCCAGUUCUGGUGUAUCCGUUGCCAUGAGCCUCGAUGGUCCUACAGAGCCGGCCUCAUGGAGGAAGCCAAUGGCCUGGUGAGAUGGCCAGAGGAGGCCCCGGGUCUGGGUCAGGGGGAGGAAGACCUGCAGGGGCUCCCCCUGGUGGAAGUGCCACGCAAGAACUCCGGAGCUGACGCGGAACCAGAAGCCGCAGCCGCAGUGGCCGAACAGGAUGCCCCCGACGUGGGUGCCCUGAAGAGGGAGGGCGGUGUUCAUCCUACCGCACUGCCUCAUUUUGGGGAGUGAGAGGUGGAGGGGAGGCAGCCCACAUCAGGUAGCUUAAAGCCCUCCACGCAGCAGGUCUCUGGUAAAAACGCAUCUGUAGACUACCCAUUCGCCUCCCCUCAAAUGUCAGAGCUCUGACACAUGGACCACCUGGUUGGAUGAAUGCCCUUUGGCAAAGCUUCUCUAGCUGGAAAACAUAUAACCCCCUGGUGUGCAAAGGGAGGAACACGGCAUCUCUUAGGAGUGUCCAUUUAGGGUAGGGUGUCUCAGUUAGGAAUUAAAAGCAUUAUUUCAAUAUUAAAACAACCAUGAAUAUAUUAUGGUAUAGAAAGUGAAAUGUGCAUGACUUAAAUAAAAUACAAAACUUCCAGGAAAUUUUUGAGUUGAAGA